AUGUGGACGUGGCACAGCGCUGCAGCAGUUCCGCUGAAUGUCCGCUUCUGAUACCGAGGAGGGAUUAACGAGAAACACCCCGGGACCACAUCGACUUCACAGUUUGUCGGCCGCCGGGUUUCACAGUUUACCCCGAGACAAGUGGACCACCCUUACUCUUUACCACCGGUCGGAGAUUUAGGGAUGAACUGAGGAUGAAUGUAAACCAGCCCACUCCAAUGGCCUCUCCGUAUGGCCAGCCCCAGCCUGGCUACGGCCAACCUGGCUACGCACCCCUGGAUGGGGGAUACCCUGCACCCUACGCACCCUACAAUGGCCCUGCUUCAGCCUACCAGCCUGGGGCUCCGCCACAAGGUUAUUCUCCUUUCACAAGCUUUCCCUCUAAGGCUGUGGCUGCCAACCCAGUCUCUGACCUCUCCUCUCCUCUUGACUUAGGUCCUGCCAGGGGUCCUCCCGUCUCUGGAGCCCCCCCAGUCUCAGCGCCUCAACCGUAUAAUCAGUACAGUCACAGUCGAGGGGACAUGCAGAAUGGACCCCCACUUAUGACACAGGCACCACCCAGGCCUGCUGUGCCUCAGUCAUACAACCAGGGGGCUGUGAACCUGUCAGGGGGGCAUCCCUCCUAUUCCCAACACUACGGGCCCCCACCCUCAAUGCAGCAGGUCACUAACCAGAUGACUGGGAUGCAGAUCACCUCUGGACCGCCAACCCCCGCAGGCCCAGGAUACGCUCCACCUCACAGCUCCCAGCCUCCUGCCAGUACUGCCUACUCGGCCGCACCUCCGCCCUCAUACACCCAAGCCCCUCCCCCCGCGUCCUCUGCCCCGACCCAGCCGCCACCUCCCAGUGGCCCUGCAGCUUCUCAGCAAUACUACGGAGGCCCCCCGCCUCCUUCUCAACAGCCAUUCAACUCUUCUCUUCCCCCUACCUCUCAACAGCAAUUCACCUCUUCUGCACCGCCGCCUCCCGCCUCUCAGCAAACCUUUCCUCCCGCCUCUCAGCAAACCUUUCCUCCCGCCUCUCAGCAAACCUUUCCUCCCGCCUCUCAGCAAACCUUUCCUCCCUCCUCCUACUCGGGUCCUGUGCCUCCACCCAGCCAAGCUCCUGCUCCCCCAGUGUCCCAGCCACAGCAGCCCUUCCCUCCAGCCCAGCCCCCCUUCUCCUCAGCACCUCCACCUGUCAGCCAGCCUGCCUUUGUGUCCGGCCCUCCUCCCCCUGCCCAGGGCUCUUUCCCACCUAGAGCACCCCCUCCUUCCUCUCAACCUGGGUCUUUUCCUCCUCCCACCUCAAUUUCCUCUGGCCAGUACCCAGGCCCAAUGCCACCCCAUCAGCAGCCCCCUCCAUCCCAACCACCCCCCUACCUCUCAGGUCCUCCCCCUUCCGGUGUCCAGAUGCCCCCCACUUCCAUGGCCCAGAGUAACCACCUCCCUCCAGGACCACAGGGCCCUCCGGGCCCUCCUGGGCCCCUGCAGCAGCCUCAAUCUCAGCCCGGCAUGCAGGGAGGAUACCCUCCUCAGCAGAAUGGUGCAUUUGGACAGGUGAGAGGCCCUCAGCCUGGAUAUGCAGGCCCUUAUCCCGGGCAACCAAACUAUGGAGCCCCUGCACCAGCACCAGCUCCUGCUCCCCCUGCACAGAAAAGACUUGACCCAGAUGCCAUUCCCAGUCCGCAAGCGUCUGACAUGCCGGCUGUGCAGAAAUCAAGACAUAGAAUAGAUCCAGACGCUAUCCCCAGCCCAAUCCAGGUAAUAGAAGAUGACAAGGCUAAGAGCAACGAGCCAUUCACCACAGGGGUCAGAGGUCAGGCCCCACCGCUGGUCACCACUAACUUCCAGGUCAAAGACCAGGGGAAUGCCAGUCCCAGGUUUAUCCGCUGUACGGCCUACAAUAUGCCCUGCACAGCUGAUAUGGCCAAGCAGUCUCAGGUGCCACUGGCCGCCGUCAUCAAGCCCCUCGCCACGCUGCCGCCAGAUGAGAGCCCUCCAUAUCUGGUAGACCAUGGCGAGAGUGGUCCAAUCCGCUGCAACCGUUGCAAGGCCUACAUGUGUCCAUACAUGCAGUUCAUAGAGGGAGGUCGCCGCUUCCAGUGUGGGUUUUGCAGCUGCGUCACAGAGGUGCCUCCACAUUACUUCCAGCAUCUGGACCACACUGGUAAGAGGGUGGACUGCUACGACAGGCCGGAGCUUUCCCUGGGCAGCUACGAGUUCCUGGCCACCGUCGACUACUGUAAGAACAAUAAGCUUCCUCAGCCUCCAGCCUUCAUCUUCCUUAUUGAUGUGUCCUACAACGCAGUGAAGAGCGGCAUGGUCAACAUUGUCUGCCAGGAACUCAAGACCCUCCUAGACUAUCUGCCCAGGGAGAACCCAGAAAUGGACUCUGUGGUUCGGGUGGGUUUUGUCACCUACAACAAGGUUUUGCACUUCUACAACGUCAAGUCGAGUCUGGCCCAGCCCCAGAUGUUGGUGGUGUCGGAUGUAUCGGACAUGUUUGUGCCCCUGCUCGACGGUUUCCUGGUCAACGUCAACGAGAGCCGGCUAGUUAUUGAGAGUUUGCUGGACCAGAUCCCAGAGAUGUUUGCAGACACCAGGGAGACAGAGACAGUCUUUGGACCUGUCAUCCAGGCAGGACUGGAGGCACUCAAGGCUGCAGACUGUGCAGGGAAGCUGUUUGUGUUUCACACCUCUCUGCCCAUAGCAGAGGCUCCUGGAAAACUAAAAAAUAGAGAAGACAAGAAGCUGAUUGGGACAGAUAAGGAAAAGUCUCUGUUCCAGCCCCAAGUGGGUUUCUACAACACCCUGGCUAAGGAGUGUGUAGCACAGGGAUGUUGUGUGGAUCUCUUCCUCUUCCCCAACCAAUACGUAGACGUUGCCACGUUAGGGGUGGUUCCUGUCUCCACUGGAGGUUCUGUCUACAAAUACACCUACUUCCAGGCUCAGGCGGACAAGGAGAGAUUCCUGAACGACCUCAGACGAGAUGUUCAGAAACUAGUAGGGUUUGAUGCUGUCAUGAGGGUGCGAACCAGCACAGGUAUCCGAGCGACAGACUUCUUCGGCUCCUUCUUUAUGAGUAACACCACAGAUGUGGAGCUAGCAGGCCUGGACUGUGACAAGGCCAUCACUGUCGAGUUCAAACACGAUGACAAGCUCAGUGAGGAGACGGGGGCACUCAUGCAGUGCGCCGUGCUGUACACCAGCUGCAGCGGCCAGAGGCGUCUCCGUGUUCACAACAUGGCAGUGAACUGCUGCUCUCAGCUGGCUGACCUGUACCGCAACUGUGAGACAGACACAAUCAUCAACUUCUUCUCCAAAUAUGCUUUCCGUGGCGUCCUCAGCAACCCCACCAAGGCAGUGAGAGACACUCUGGUCAACCAGUGUGCUCAGAUUCUGGCCUGCUAUCGAAAGAACUGCGCAAGCCCUUCAUCUGCUGGUCAGCUGAUCCUCCCAGAGUGUAUGAAGCUGCUGCCUGUCUAUCUGAACUGUGUGCUGAAGAGCGACGUGCUGCUGCCGGGAGCCGACGUCUCGUUGGACGACCGGGCUUACCUGAGGCAGCUGAUUAGCUGCAUGGAUGUCUCAGAGAGCCACGUAUUCUUCUACCCCCGCCUGCUGCCACUGACAAAGUUGGAAAGCGGGUCGUUGCCAAUGGCGGUGAGGGACUCAGAGGAGAGGCUGUCUAAAGGUGGAGUUUACCUCCUGGAGACGGGACUCCACCUCUUCCUGUGGGUGGGAGCCAACGUUCAGCAGGAGCUGCUGCUCAACAUCUUCGGCACGCCGAGCUUCAGCCAGAUAGAGCCGAGCAUGACCAAUCUGCCAGUGCUGGACAACCCUUUCUCUCAGAGACUCAGAGAGAUCAUAGAUUCCUUCAGAGCUCAGCGAUCACGAUACAUGAAGCUGAUGGUGGUGAAACAGGAAGACAGAACCGAGCUGAUAUUCAGGCACUUCUUGGUCGAGGACAAGAGCGCCAGCGGGGGAGCGUCAUACGUGGACUUCUUGUGUCACAUGCACAAGGAGAUCCGCCAGCUUCUCAGCUAGGCCUACAAAGUCCCACCUUCACCUGUAUGAUCCCCCUCCGCCCCACCCUCACCUCCCCUUUUCACCCUUCCUUGUGAAAGAAAGCGCUUUAUCUUUUUUUUUUUUUUAAACCUAAUAAACUAAAGCUCUCCUCGCUGUCUGUCAGCUGAGCAUCAGAGACCGGCUGGCAGAUUUCGUUGUGUGUGUGUGUUAGUGCAAGUGUGUGUAUGAGCGAGAGAGCGAGAGAGAGAGAGAGAGUCUGAUGUUAAUAGAGCUUUACUCUGCCUCAAAUCUGCUGCUCCAACACAGCAGGAGCGAAAUAACUGACGAGGGAGGGUAAUGUAUAUAUACAAGUGAACAAUUAUGUAUGCAACAGACUGAGUGAGUGUCGGAGACGGCUGAUGUUGACUGUAGUCGGUGAACUGUCUGUAUUACUAGCACUGAAAAGGCUGUUUCGGGUAAAUAAACGACCCUCGGAUAGCAAACACUUUUUAUAUGAUUGAUUCCCAAUAGAGUGAAGGACAUCUACGUACCAAGACAUAAAUGGAAUGAAUAAAUGCUGUUUUUUUUCUGUCUCUUCUCUCCUUUUAAUCAUGGCCUUAGUACCCCCUUCCCAUGCUGUGUGUGUUUCCAGAUGUGAGAGGAUUAGUUACCCACUGCCCGAUUCUUUUUUUCCCGGUAUGUCUCCAGAUGUGAGCAACUGAAUUUAAGCCUAGAUUUAAAGGCUCAAACUGGAGCCUGAUGACCUUUCGCCCACAGAAAGCAUUAAAGAAGCAUGUUGAAAUGAAAAAUCUGGGUUUGAGUUCACAAGUAAACUGAAAAUAAAGCUCUGCUGUGACUGAUAACCAGUCAUUAGAGCAAUUGGAACAAUCCAGAUUCGGUUGAUUGCGUUACUGAUGCAAACAUCCGCUCAGAUUUUUGUUCACUGAUGAACCAGAUGUUGUGAUUCUGUUAUGAGAGGAAGCUUUCAUUAGUUCAAAGUCUAUGCAGCAAAGAGAAAAGGGCCAGACACACAAUGAAGAACAAAAGCAAUCGACGACAGGUGUGAAAUUUUGAUCUCGGCAGCACAGCGACGGGGGAAAUCCCCCCUCCCCCCUUGUGGUUAGUUUCUGUCUGUUGAUGACAUGUAGUGCUGCAGACUUUAUAUCAGUUUUGGUGUCCAAAAUUGUUUAAAAAAAAAAAAAAGCAAUUUCCAGCAGACAGAAAUGAGCACAGAAUGACAACGGAUAAAUGGACAUCAGUUAAUGUUCGCAAACUCUCGAGUUGUCUCCGCACUGACGAUGUUCAGUCAGUGUGUAAAUACAAAUAUAUAAUCUGUACAGAAUUAAUAGAAAAUAACAAUUUUAAAGACCUGCCUGAACAGCUGUGGUUUGUUGAUGGUUGAUUUCUCUGUCACAAAUAGCCUGAAUAUAAAAUCAGGGCUUUUACUGAAGAGAGGAAGACCUUGACUGGCUUUUUUGAUAUGUUUGUGUGCGUGUGAGCGAGUGAGUGCGAGGUGUGAGAGUGUGUUUGUAUGUGUGUGUGUGUGUGUGUGUGUGAAUGUGGGGUCGGUCCUGGUGAAUUUCUCCUGAGGAACAGAGGGAUCAGCCAACACACAUAUACACACACACACACACACACUACCCAUGAGAUUAAAUUCAGUCUUCUUCAUUUAUCACUUUCUGUUCCUUUUUUAACAAUGUGACUUUUGUGUUUUGUUUGGUGUGUGUGCAGCCCUCUGUUCCGUCUUUAUGUUCACUGACUUUAAUUAGCCCACCGUCUUGACUGUAAUCUUAAUUUCUGUUCCUUUUUUUUCUUUGAUUUUUUUUUUUCAUUGCCUCUUGGGACUGCUAAUAAAAUGAUUGUUGAAAGUGAAA